AUUUUACGGAGACGUACUGUUUUGCCGUAAACACCAGCCAGUAGAGACUUCAUACCUGAACAGUUGUUGUGACAGCUAGCAGCAGUGAAGCAUGAAUGUGAACCAGGGGACGGUGGGCAGCGACCCAGUCAUUCUGGCCACGGCUGGAUACGACCACACGGUCCGCUUCUGGCAGGCCCACAGUGGGAUCUGCACCAGGACGGUCCAGCACCAGGACUCUCAAGUAAACUCUCUUGAGGUCACCCCUGACAGGAGCAUGAUUGCAGCUGCAGGCUAUCAGCACAUCCGCAUGUAUGACCUAAACUCAAACAACCCUAACCCUGUGAUCAACUACGAUGGAGUCAGCAAAAACAUCACGUCUGUGGGCUUCCAUGAAGAUGGUCGCUGGAUGUACACGGGAGGAGAAGACUGCAUGGCUCGUAUAUGGGACCUCAGGUCAAGAAACCUGCAGUGUCAGAGGAUAUUUCAAGUCAAUGCUCCAAUCAACUGUGUGUGCCUGCAUCCCAACCAGGCUGAGCUUAUAGUUGGAGACCAGAGUGGUGUUAUUCAUAUCUGGGAUCUGAAGACCGAUCAUAAUGAACAGCUGAUUCCUGAGCCAGAAGUUUCAGUCAACUCCGUUCACAUUGACCCAGAUGCCAGUUACAUGGCAGCAGUCAACAGCUCGGGAAAUUGUUAUGUGUGGAACCUUGCUGGAGGCAUUGGAGACGAGGUGACUCAGCUUAUCCCUAAGACCAAAAUCCCCGCACACAAACGCUACUCUCUGCGCUGCAAAUUUAGCCCUGAUUCCACUCUACUGGCCACCUGCUCUGCAGACCAGACCUGUAAGAUCUGGAGGACAUCCAACUUCUCUCUGAUGACAGAGCUGAGCAUCAAGAGCAACAAUCCAGGAGAGACGUCCAGAGGCUGGAUGUGGGACUGUGCUUUCUCUGGAGACUCUCAAUAUAUUGUCACUGCCUCUUCAGACAACCUGGCUCGUCUGUGGUGUGUGGAGACCGGAGAGAUCAAGAGAGAAUACAGCGGCCACCAGAAGGCCGUGGUUUGUUUGGCCUUUAAUGACAGUGUGCUGGGCUGAAGAGGAAGAAACAGGAGAUUACAGCCUGUGCAGAGGUAAACAAGGACACAAAAGAAAGAGACUCUUUCAAAGAAAUGCCUCAGCUCUUUGAGAUCAGGUCUGAUUUAUCUGCCAAGAAAUGACCAUCUUGUGAAAGAGGAUGCUCUUCAUUGCUAAAUGCUUGUAAGUAUUCAGAAUAUAGAUUUAUAAAAUGUACACCCAAGCUCAAUGGCCAAUAACAACAGUCAACUUCCAGUGUGACGAGACAGAUGGGAAAAAUUCUCUCAGUGUUGUAAAAAGUCUGGUAAAAGUUCGAAAUAUCAGAACCCUUCCACUGAGUUUUGCUCUGUACAAAGCAGAUGACUGAUUUCAACCUUUUGUUUUAUAGUGCACAUUAUUUAUUGCAUCAAAAAGGACCAGCAACUUGUUGUAUUCUACUGGAUUUAUAUCUGUUGUAAUCAUCUUCAACCCUGGGUCUUGCUCCAAAAAAGAGUAGCUAAUGUUGAAGAGGAACCCUUGUUUGAUUCAAUAAAUCAGAAUAUUCAA